AUGCUCGAAGGCCUCGUCGCGGGUCUGCUCAACCGCUUCCUGGGCAUGUACGUCAAAAACUUCGAUCCGACACAGCUCAAGGUUGGAAUAUGGUCGGGCGAUGUCAAGCUUCGCAACCUCGAGCUCCGCCGAGAAGCACUCGACCAGCUCAAGCUGCCCAUAAACGUCGUCGAAGGUCAUCUCGGCCAGCUCACCCUCGUCAUACCCUGGUCGAACCUGCGCGGCGCCCCCGUCAAGAUCUUCAUCGAAGAUGUUUUCCUUCUUGCUAGCCCGAAGGAGGAGGCACAAUACAAUGAGGAAGAGGAGGAGCGGCGGAGACAGCGCAUCAAGAUGGAGAAGCUGGACUCCGCUGAGCUGCUGAAGGAGAGAUCCCAGGAGGGUCUCAGCCAGGAGGAGCAGAAACGGAGCCAGAGUUUCACCCAGAGUCUUGUCACAAAGAUCGUGGACAACUUACAGGUUACUGUAAAGAACAUCCAUGUCCGCUACGAGGACUCUAUCUCGGCGCCAGGGCACCCGUUUGCUCUCGGCGUUACUCUCGAAGAGUUUAGCGCUGUCUCUACUGACGGUGAAUGGCGCCCUACCUUUAUCCAGGACUCUACCAAGACUACACAUAAGCUUGCGACAUUGGGCGCGCUAGCGGUAUAUUGGAAUACGGAUACCACACUUCUUGGGUCCGGCAGAGAAGCUGAGGCUUCCGGCGAUGAUAAGAUGGAGCAUUCAGAGAUGAUUGAGACAUUCAAAACCAUGAUAGGAAAAGCCGAAGGAGAGUCCGACCUCAAUCACCAGUUCAUUCUGAAGCCAGUGAGUGGGCAAGCAAAGAUCGAGAUGGACAAGAGCGGGGAUGUCCACGUACCAAAGUUCAAGGCAAACCUCCUCUUUGACGAAAUCGGACUUGUGCUAGACGACGACCAAUACCGAGACGCGCUCAUGAUGGUCGACUUAUUCCAUUACUUCAUCCGGCAUCAGGAAUAUAAAAAAUACCAACCAAAGGGCGUCACGCCAAAGGAAGACCCGCGGGCAUGGCUCAAGUUCGCAGGAGAUGCCGUGCUCAGCAAGAUCCACGACAGGAACCGCCGUUGGAGCUGGGACUAUUUCCGCGAACGGCGGGACGAUCGAUUGCGAUACAUAGAAUUGUUCAAAAAGAAGAAGCAGAACCAACAGCUCAGCUCCGAAGAGAACGAUGACCUCAACAAGCUUGAGUGGAGACUUGACUACGAAGACCUGCGCUUCUGGCGGUCACUUGCUCGGAAUCAAUUGAGGAAGGAGAACGCUGCCGCCCUAAGAAAGCAACCGCCAAAACAGGAACAGCAGCAAGGAUGGAUGUCCUGGGUGUGGGGUUCAAAGCCUCAGCAGCAGACGACUUCAGAGGACGAGAACACACAAAUGACUGAGGAACAACGCAAAGAGUUGUACGAAGCCAUUGACUGGGAUGAAAAAACCGCCCUUGCAGAAGACGUCGAGACACCACGAGACAGUAUCAAAUUCCAGGUGGAAGCAUCUCUCAGUACUGGAAGUUUCACCUUGAAGCAGAAUCCUCAUGAUGAUGUCAAAGAUCUACUUAGUUUGCAUUUUGAUGUCUUCAAAGCAAAGGCAUUGACUCGCCCUGACUCUUUCCUUGCAGAUGUCAGUCUCGGAGGUCUCCGUGUAAAUGACGGCACUACUCCAGACAGUCUCUUCAAAGAAAUCGUCAGAGUUAAGGAUGCUCCAGAAAACAAAAAAAAGAAACGAUUAUCAAUGGUGGAGCUAGAAAAGAGCAGCGAAGAAGCCUUCUUCCAGUUCCAAUUAGAGAGGAAUCCUCUUGAUGGCGAGGGAGACAUUGCUCUCAUGGCCAAACUUAAGCCGCUUGAGAUCGUCUGGAAUCCCAAUUUCGUGGUUGGCGUUGCCGACUUUUUCAGACCACCUGAACGUCACAUGGAGUCUAUUACAGCCCUCAUGGAGACUGCAGGUGCAACCGUUGAAGGCUUCCGCGAGCAAACCCGUGCUGGACUUGAGUUCGCCUUGGAGGAGCACAAGACUAUAAACGCGAAGCUAGAUUUGCAAGCGCCUUUGAUUAUCAUCCCCCAGAGCAUCAAAACUGAAACCUCGACGUGCCUCAUCGUGGAUGCUGGUCAUAUCAGCGUGAACUCUGAAUUGGUCGACAAGGAUACCAUGAAGGAGAUUCAAUCCAAGCAGAACCAGUCGUAUACAGACGAAGAUUUCAAACGCCUCGAAUCGCUGAUGUACGACAAAUUCAUCGUGAAGCUUACCUCAACUCAAGUUCUCAUUGGACCCUCUAUUGAGCAGACUAAGUCCCAGCUCAUUGAGAAGAAUGAAGAUCUCAACCUGCACAUUGUUGAGAAGAUUAGUGUCGAUUUCGUAGUGCAGCUAUCAAUCCUUCCGAAGGCACCAAAUUUGACCAAAUUGAAGGUAUCGGGACACAUGCCCCUCCUUCACGCUGCUGUCUCCGACACAAAAUAUAAGGCUCUCAUGAAGAUUAUUGAUGUUGCGAUACCCAAGUUUGAUGGUCAAGAACCAGAGAGCCAGGCUAGUGAAGACCGUCCGAAGCGUCCUCGACUGUUGAGUAACGUCUCUCGGCGAUCGGAUCGCUCAACUAGAUCUAGCCGCUCCCGACCUAGGAGUGAGCGGAAACGGCGGUCGUCUCAAUUCCUGCCUUUCACAACGCAACAGCAGGCCAUUGUUCUAGAGGAUGUUGACGAAGAAGAUGAGAAAUUUGUGGAUGCCCGUGACGGUCAGAAGAACGAGAAGCUAAAGAUGCAACAAAAGUCAUUCCAAUUCAAAUUCGCAGUCGACGAGCUUCGGGGCUCUCUUUAUAAGAGUGACCCCGACGGCAAGAAGCCAGACGCUCUACUUGUGGAGCUUGUAGCUCAGCACUUUGACCUUGAGUUCUAUCUACGCCCAUACGACAUGGUGGCAGAAGUGUCACUAGGGUCUGUGACGGUUGAUGAUUUUGUUGACAACCCGCCAGCGGAGUUCAAGUCAAUUGUAUCCUCUGGUGACACGGAAGAUCGAAAAGAGGAGAAAGAGCUCGUAAAGGUCAAAUUUAUCAAAGUCAAGAAGGAAUCACCCGAGUUCAUGUCAGUCUAUGAUGGAGUGGAGACGAACGUUAAUGCCGAGAUCUCCACUAUCAACCUCAUCGUCACUCGCAAAACACUACUCACGCUCCUGGACUUCAUUCUGGUCACAUUUACAAAUAAUGACAACAGCCCACCACCAUCGCAAAAAGCCAUCACAGAUGAUGGGUCGGAGGUAAAUGUCAACGUGGAACCACCUGCCACGCAGGAUACUCAAGCAGCUGCAAUCAAGGUUAAGGUUGAUCUUAAGAGUAUUAGGCUCAUUCUCAACAAUGACGGCAUACGCCUAGCGACGCUCUCGUUCAACCAGGCAGAUGUGGGCGUCUUCUUGUUGGGGAAAACCAUGCGCAUCGGUGCAAGGCUUGGAGAUCUCUCCUUGGUGGACGAUGUGAACGCUGGAGCAUCUGAAGAGUCCAGUCUACGCCAGCUUGUCACCAUCCAAGGCGAUGACUUAGCCGACUUCAGAUAUGAGACCUUCGACGCUGGCAACAAGGAAGUGUAUCCAGGAUAUGACUCGUCCAUUUAUCUUCGAGCUGGUUCCAUCAAGGUGAACUUCCUCGAGGAGCCGUUCCGUAAGAUAAUCGACUUCUUAGUGAAGUUUGGCAAGAUGCAAGCGAUCUUCAAUGCUGCACGGCAGGCUGCUGCAAACCAAGCUCAGCAGUUGCAACAAUCCAGUAGUCGCAUCAAGUUUGAUGUGGUUGUCAUGACCCCGAUCGUUGUCUUCCCUCGACUUGUUGUUCCCGGACGACCUAAGCGUGAUCUUGUAACUGCAUAUCUGGGAGAGAUCUACGCUCAGAACAAGUUCGCUCCCCUUGACGACUCUGAGGAUGCUGAAAUAGCAAUGAAACUUUCCGCGGGUAUUAGAAACAUUCGAAUGACCAGCUUGUUUCACUAUCCGGAGGACAAAUCCGAAGAGCUAGAGAUGAUCGACCACGUUGACCUUGGAUUUAACAUCACCUAUGCUGAACACAAGCAAGGCGCAAAGCGACCGGAGCUUGAGAUCGAAGGUAACAUGACAGAUCUCAAUCUUCGUAUUACCCAGUAUCAGCUCAAGGCUUUACUUGAGAUCUCUAAGUCUGUGCCAGCCGCUUUCGCAGGUGACACAGACGCAAGAGCCGAGGAAGCAGAACAGGACGUGGAUGAAAGCACUCUUGAGCGCGCACAAACGAUGUCAUCUUCAGACGAGUCUCCACAACAAGACCAGCUUAUUGACCUCGGUCCAGAACUUGGCAAUCAUUCUGACACAUGGACAAAGCUAGAUUUGGUAUUUGGCAUACAUACCAUCGGCCUCGAAUUGAUAAAUGCGCCAGAAGAUGAGCCCGUAGGCAACCUGGAUGGGGCCAGCCUUAGCCGAUUCAGUCUGGAUAAUAGCAAGCUCAAGACGCGAAUCCAAGAUAAUGGCAGCCUAGAAGCCGAGUUCGUCAUCUACAGCUUCACAAUCAAUGAUUCUCGUCCUAGGGAUACGAACAAGUACCGCCGAAUCAUGACUAGCAGCAACAAGAACGUACAGCAAUUCAUGGCGAGCGUCUCGAUGACGGGUGGCAAGGAGAGAAACGUCAUCGUUGUGGUCGCUGUCGACUCACCAAAGGUCAUUUUCGCAUUAGACUACCUCUUUGCGAUCCAGAGCUUUAUAAGUAUUGGAAUGCAGGCAGAUGAACCAAGCCCCAUCGAGGAAGAAGAGGCAGAGACGCCAGAGGAGAGCGAUGCGGACAGUAUGCAGGUGACCUUCACAGGCCAAAAGUCGCAGAAAUCUCAGAGCAGCGACAAAUCCAUCAGCCGGAAUGAUAAGAAGGAAUCCGAUGAGUCGAAGAUGAACCUUGCUUUUAGGGUCAAUGUCGUAGAUGCCCAAGUCAUACUUAUCGCUAAUCCUCUGAGCUCCAGCAGCGAAGCCAUUGUCUUAGGGACAAAACAGGUUCUCCUUUCGCAGCAACACGCAUUGACCUUCCAAGUGUCUCAGGUGGGCAUGUUCCUCUGUCGUAUGGACCGGUUCGAUGAUACUCAACUGCGUAUCAUCGAUGAUUUCUCGAUUCAGAUGAGCAUGGAUAGUUCACGGCCAUCAUUAACGAGCAUCCAUGUUGAUAUCGACCCUCUCGUCUUAAGAUUGUCGUUGCGAGACAUCCUUCUAGCUUUGCAGAUCAUUAGUAAGGCGUCCGAGCUCUCAGGAAAUGAUGAGAAGAAAGAUGCAAAGCCCAGUGCAGCGGAUCAGAAGGCGAAGGAGUUGAGCAGAGCCGGUCUCAAGCAACGAACUGCUAGUGGCAAGGGUCCAUCGACUAUGGCAGCCAACAGAACUAGAACUGGCAAGCCAGCAGGAACUAUAAGUGGUCGGUCUCAGUCGAAUCGCGAUGGUCGUCAGCCCCACGAUCUUGCGAAGAAGCCACAGCGGCAUGAAGAACUUACUGCGACCAUCGAAGGUGUGCGUGUCGUCCUCAUUGGAGACCUACACGAAUUGCCCAUCUUUGAUUUGAGCAUCAAGAAUUUCACGGCAACAGCUGAGAAUUGGUCGUCGAACCUGAAGGCAGAAGUACCUAUUGAGAUGUAUAUUAACAUCUACAACUUCUCUAAAUCAGCCUGGGAGCCAUUGUUGGAACCAUGGCAGGUUGGCCUUGGCGUUGCUAGAGAACAAGACACCGGGUUGCUCUCUGUCGAUGUGGCAUCGAGGAAGACAUUCGACAUCACUAUUACAACCGCGUCGAUCGCGCUCGCCUCAAAGUCAUUUGCAUUCUUGACACAGGACGAAGAUGUUUUGAGCAAACCACGUGGAGCCGAGUCGCCAUAUCGCAUCCGCAAUCACACGGGGUUCGACAUUGUUGUCAGCAGCAAGAACCCGACAAGUGAGGAGAACAUUACUCUGCGACUGGAGGAUGGCAAGGAAGCACCUUGGAGCUUUGAACAUUGGGAGAAGAUGCGCGAGAGCAUGCUUAGCGAGAGUGCUGCUAGUACAACCGUCGGCGUCCAGCUGGAAGGCAGCGGAUUCGAUGCCGUCAAGAGCAUCAGGCUCAAUCGAGAGGGCGAAGUUUUGUACGGCCUCAAGCCGAAACGAGACCAAAUCCUCCAUCGAUUGAUGGUUGACGUGAAGUUGGGUCCUGACAAUGUCAAAUAUGUGACGUUGCGAAGCCCGCUUUUGGUGCAGAACGACACGCAGAUCCCUGUUGAGCUUGGUGUAUUUGAUGCACAAGAAGGAGAUUUGCUCAAGAUCGAGAAGAUUGCUCCUGGCGAGAGCCGGCCUGCUCCGGUCGGCGCGGCCUAUCUGAAGAGCCUGUUGGGUGAACACGGAGAGCCAUUCUACUUCCAGCUGAACGCCUCCUUUGAUAGGGCAAAUCCGAUGACAAAGAACUAUCCCUACAUGAAGCUUAAGCUGUCGGCCCCUGUCACACUUGAGAAUCUUCUCCCGUAUGACUUCAAGUAUCGCAUCUACGACAAAAACACCAAGAAGGACUGGACAAACUUCCUCAGAAAGGGGGGUGUCAGCCCUGUCCAUGUGGUGGAGCUCUCGCAUCUCUUGCUGCUUAGUGUUGACAUGCAAGACACCGUGUUCAAACCGAGCGAGUUUGCAAUCAUCAACUCUGGAAAUGCAGAGGACUUCAAGAAGGAAUCAUCGGUUGUCUGCCGCGAUGACCAAGGUUUGAACCUCCGCCUCAAAUUGCAUUACCACCGUGUGCCAGAUAGUGGAGGUGCCUUCAAGGUGACCGUCUACAGCCCUUAUGUCAUCCUCAAUAAGACUGGGUUAGAACUCAGUAUUCGAUCGAAGGGCUUCCUACAGCAAGCGAAGUCUGCUGCCGGUCAGCCUCUGAUUGACUUGGCAGACCAGGAGCACAAGGCUGUGCCAUUGAUGUUCUCUUUCGGAAACGAUGAUCAACGAAACCGCGCAUCAUUGAAAAUUGGAGACUCGGAUUGGAGCAAACCGCAAAGUUUUGAUGCCAUUGGCAGCACGACUGAAGCAGUGCUCCAAGCUUCUGGUCGGAAUGCCGAGAUCCAUGUCGGCAUCACUGUCGAAGCCGGCGAGGGCAAAUACAAGAUGACAAAGGUCGUUACACUUGCCCCCCGUUACAUUAUCAAGAACAGAUUGGGCGAGGACAUUAAUAUUCGCGAACCAAGCUCUUCGAGCUUGAUGUCACUCAAGACCGGACAGCUCCAACCCCUGCACUUCCUCCAGAAGAGCCAAGUCAAGCAACUUUGCCUUUGCUUCCCUGGGGUAAACAACCAGUGGACGUCCCCAUUCAACAUAUCCGACUUGGGUACAACUCACAUCAAGAUUGCGAAGGCCGGUCAGCGGCAGCGCCUCGUGCGUGUCGAUGUUCUUAUGGAAGAUGCAACCAUAUUCUUGAAUCUCAGUAUAGAGAAAAAAAAUUGGCCAUACUCGAUGCGAAAUGAGAGCGACACUGAGUUCACCUUCUAUCAAGCCAAUCCGAAUAUUGAUGAUGAUGGUGUCGAGGAUCGGUCUGGCUGGCGGCCGAUCAGAUACCGGCUCCCGCCACGCAGCAUCAUGCCAUACGCGUGGGAUUUCCCUGCUGCGAAGCAUCGCGAGGUGGUAAUAGCGGCUUACGGAAAGGAACGACAUGUUAAGCUUGCAGAGAUAGGCAACCAAGUGCCUAUGAAGUUUGCAGCGACGAACGGCGGGCAGAAGAUCAUUGACAUUAAUGUCGCAGCUGAUGGGCCGACCCAAACUCUCAUCCUUUCCAACUUCAAGCCGUCAAAGAGUCUUUACCGUCAGAAGUCACAUGCGGGCUCAAGAGGCAACGUUAGCACUGAAGGAUUUGAGGCCAAGAAUAUGGACACUGGCGUGACCUUCAGAGCUCAGCUCAAGUUGGCUGGAAUUGGCGUGUCACUUAUCAACGCGCAGCUAAAAGAGCUUGCUUAUGUCACAUUCCGAGACGUACAGCUUCGCUAUAGCGAGUCGCCGCUUUACCAGACAAUCAGCUUGGCGGUGAAAUGGAUACAAGUUGACAAUCAACUGUACGGCGGUAUCUUCCCUAUGAUAUUAUACCCGAGUGUCGUUCCAAAGCGGGCACAGGAGGUUGAUGCUCACCCUUCGUUGCAUGCGAUGGUCACCAGAGUGAAAGACGACUCCUAUGGCGUUCUAUACAUCAAAUACGCGACGGUUUUGCUGCAGCAAAUGACAGUGGACUUGGAUGAAGAUUUCAUCUUUGCUGUGCUCGAUUUCUCGAAGGCUCCUGGUGCAACUUGGACAGAGUCAGAGGAGGAGGGCAGACUGUGUGACGACAGCCUGGAGAUACCCGAGCCGAAACAGGAGCAGUCGGGUCAAGACAUCUACUUCGAGCUGCUCAAUAUCCAACCCCUCCAAAUCGAUCUAUCCUUUGUGCGCACUGAACGUGUCAAUGCCGAGGACAAGACAUCUUCUCGCAAUCCGCUGAUGUUCUUCUUCAACAUUAUGACAAUGGCAAUCGGCAACGUAAAUGAUGCCCCCUUGCGGCUCAAUGCAUUGAUCCUAGACAAUGUUCGAGUGUCAAUUCCCGUUCUCACCCAGAAUAUCUCAAAUCAUUAUAGUCAGGAGGCCAUCUACCAGAUACACAAGAUUCUCGGAUCUGCAGACUUCCUAGGCAAUCCUGUCGGCCUGUUCAACAACAUCAGCUCAGGCAUUGCUGAUGUCUUCUAUGAGCCGUACCAGGGCCUCAUUAUGUCAGAUCGACCAGAAGAUCUUGGUCUCGGUCUAGCUAGAGGUGCGGGCUCAUUCGCGAAGAAGACGGUCUUUGGUGUCAGCGACUCGUUCUCGAAGUGGACCGGUGCCAUGUCGAAGGGCCUUGCUGCUGCUACGCUUGAUAAGCAGUUCCAGGAUCGAAGACGCAUUACGAGAGCGAGAAAUCGACCGAAGCACGCUCUGUAUGGAGUGACGGCUGGUGCAAACAGUCUCUUUACUUCUGUCGCGUCGGGUGUCGGCGGUUUAGCCCGAAAGCCACUUGAGGGUGCUGAGCAGGAGGGAGCACUUGGAUUCUUCAAGGGCGUCGGUAAAGGCGUGCUAGGGCUAGCCACGAAGCCAGCAGUUGGUGUUCUUGAUCUUGCCUCCAACGUGUCCGAGGGAAUUCGAAAUACCACCACUGUUUUCGAUGGCUCUGAGCUUGACCGAGUCCGUCUGACGCGCUUCAUCCCCUCAGAUGGUAUCGUACGUCCGUACAACCAACGGGAGGCUCUGGGACAGUUCUGGCUCAAACAGGUCGACAAUGGCAAGUACUUUAACGAAUCGUACAUUGCCCACCUCGAGCUGCCGCGCGAAGACAUGGUGGUCAUGGUGACCUUCUCUCGGAUUCUGCUGAUCAGGAGUCGGAGACUGACGACGGAGUGGGAUGUGCCUCUCAAGGAUGUUCAGACCAUCGCCAAAGAGAGGACCGGUCUCAGCCUGACACUCAGAGGAGGCACAAAUGGGCCAUUCAUUCCGAUUGGCGAAGAAAGUAGCCGUACCUUCUUGUACAGAAUGAUUGCUGUGGCAGUGGAAGAGUUCAAUCGACGGUUCAAAGGAUUAGAAUAG